CAAUCCAGUGUACAGGGCUGGGCUGGGUGUGCAGACCCAACCAGGCCCGAGCCUGGGUCCCAAAGGCAGGCCCCAGUGGCGCCGAAGAAAGGGGACCUUUAUGCCUUUUGGAGGGAAGCACACAUUCUGCGAGGCCGUGGAAACAAAGAGAGGAACUGUUUGUAGUCCUAGUCCAGACGUCCCAAACAAACAGAGGUCCCCAACAAGCCCUGGGAAGAGCCACUUGGGAGGAGCUCCCUCUGCCUAGAAAUUUUACACCUGCCGCAACCGCCUACAACAAAAACACGGAAACUGGGAAUGCAGAAGGUCCACGUGAGCAAUCACAAGGUGUAACAGCAGCUGCAGAAGUCUCUGGCCCAUUCAAAGACGUCAUGAUAACCACACUUCACCUGAAGUCCUGCCUUCCCUCUACCAUAAGGUGCUUGAUCCUACAAAAGACACCAAACAUCAGAAAUGUGUCCAGCAUGGCUGGGGGGCUCCGGCCAGCCAGCGUGGUGGUCCUGCACAGGUCCCUGGCUCCAGCCUUUGAAAAGUUCUGCCAAGCCAACAGUGGCGCUCUGCCCCUGCUGGGCCUGACCGAGCCAGGCAAGUGGACGUUGCCCGCCCCGAGCGCUGUCCCGGACACCAGGACAGGCCGUCCCCAGUUCCGGAAGUACGAGUUUGGUGCCUGCACGGGCAGCCUGGCCUCGCUGGAGGAGUAUUCGGGGCAGCUGAGGGACAUGGUGGCCUUCCUCGUGGACUGCAGCUUCUCCCCAGAGGCAGCCUUGGAGAAGGUGGGGCUCCCCAGAAGAGCCUCCACAGGCCAUGGUCACGUGGGUGCAUACAAGACAACAGUGCCUUGUGCCACCAUUGCUGGCUUUUGCUGCCACCUGGUGGUCACAAUGAGGCCCAUCCCCAAGGACAAGCUGGAGGGGCUGGUGCAAGCCUGUUGCUCCACGGGGAAUAAGGGACAUCCUGUUCAUAUCGGCCACCCAGAAUGGUUGGGAAUCAAAGAUCUUUCCAGACCUGACUAUGGGGAGCCUGUGGUGUGUCAGCCGGGGGACAUCCCAGUGUUCUGGCCUUCUCCGAUGACCAGCCUCGAAGCUGUCAGCAGCUGCAGGACCCCGCUGGCUUUCACCAGUGCACCGGGCUGCACAGUCAUGACCAACCUUAAGAAUCCGGAGGCUCCAGCCAGUCGUUUUACCCCUGAGGGAAUUCCUGAGGUCCAUCACAUUUCCCAGGAUCCUUUGCACUACAGCAUUGCGUCGGCUUCAGCUGUUCAGAAGAUUAGAGAACUAGAGACUAUAAUAGCCGCAGACCCAGGCCGCCGGGGGAUCGGGCACCUGCUCUGUAAAGAUGAGCUGCUGAGGGCCUCCCUGUCACUGUCCCACUCCCGGUCGGUGCUCAUCACCACGGGCUUCCCCACGCACUUCAACCACGAGCCCCAGGAAGAGACGGAUGGCCCCCCGGGAGCCAUUGCUCUGGCCGCCUGCCUGCAAGCCUUGGGGAAGGAGGUCUCCAUGAUCGUUGACCUGAGAGACUUGAGUUUGUUCAAGAAGCUUGUUGAAGAGGCUGUUGAGCAAGGUGUCCUGAAGUCACAGAUCCCCGUAUUAACGUUCCAAGGUGAAUCAGCAGGAGCUGCUCAGGCAUUUCUCUGCAAAGAUGGGGACCCCAAGUCACCUAGAUUUGACCAUCUGUUGGCAAUAGAGCGCACAGGAAGGGCCGCCGAUGGUAAUUACUAUAAUGCGAGGAAGAUGAACAUCAAGCACUUGGUUGACCCCAUUGAUGAUCUUUUCCUGGCAGCACAGAAGAUUCCUGGAAUCUCAUCUUCUGGGGUCGGUGACGGGGGCAACGAGCUUGGGAUGGGCAAAGUCAAGGAGGCUGUGAAGAGACACAUACGAAAUGGGGAUGUGAUCGCCUGUGACGUGGAGACCGACUUUGCUGUCAUCGCUGGUGUUUCUAACUGGGGAGGCUAUGCUUUGGCCUGUGCGCUGUACAUCCUAAACUCAAGUGAGGUCCACAGGCGUUACCUAAGGAAGGCAACUGGGCCCUCCGGAGCACCUGGGGAGCAGAACUGGGCUGAGGCCCUUCCGUCCGUUGCUAAGGCGGAUGGAAAUGCAGGCCCUCGGGCCAGCUGUGAAGAGACAGUUCUCAGGUGGCUUUGCCAGAGCUCUCUCUGUUGUUUGGACCAGUUUUCGGAAGAAAAAAUGUUGGCCAUCCUGGUGCGGCACGAAGUUCGGAGUGGAGCCUCGGGCAACGUGGGCAUGGAGGUGGACGGGCUGCCCUUCCACAGCACCCACGCCCAGAUAAUCCAGAAGCUGGUGGAUGUCACCACAAUGUGUGUGUGACUGUGCGUGCAGAGUGCGUCCCAGAUGGCCAUGCCUGGAUCCAGGGAGGAGUUCCCUGAGCCUCCCCCCCGCCCCCCGCCCCAGAAUCUUUCCACACAGUCCAGCGUGAGCAAGGCCCGGGACACCGCGCGCCUCCUGCCUGGGACGGGAUAGUGCAGGUGAUGAGAACCAAGGAGAAUGUUUCUUCGGGCUUCCCAGUUUUUUGCUUUUCUUCCUAAGUGCUAAGAGGCAUUGAUUUCAACCCCCCUGCCCCAGGCUUCUUCAGAACACCCGCAUGGUCUGCUCUGAGAGUUUUCUGACCAACCCCUUAAUGGGGACACCAGCAAAAAUAUUACUCGCCAGGCAGACACAAGAGUGGGCCUGGCUGGAGCCAUGAAUAACCCCCCAGGCUAAUUAAGAUAUAGGGGAAAACCGGGCGGGCAUCUGGGUGGCUCAGUCCGUUAAGCGUCUGACCCUUGAUUUUGGCUCAGG